CUUCCAACAGAAAGCAAAUGCGCUAAUGCUCUCUCUCUCCUACCUCACGAUGCUUUGGAUUUUCAUCUCCGACCAGUGAAUGUUGAAUUAUGGAAAGCGAGAGAAGGAAAAGUAAUGAUUCGAGAAUGCAAGGGUUUAGUCCUAGUUUAAGAGCAGUGGUGCUUAUAAUUGCGCUGCUAUGGGUUGUUGUAGUUACUUUGUAUGGUUUAUUGAAGCCUAUAUCAAAUGGUUGUGUCAUGACAUAUAUGUAUCCAACUUAUAUCCCCAUUUCCACUGCGGAGGGCGUCUUGUCCGCAAAAUAUGGUUUGUAUUUGUAUCACGAAGGUUGGAGAAACAUUGACUUUAAGGAACACUUGAAGAAUCUCAAAGGAGUUCCGGUUCUCUUUAUUCCAGGAAAUGGCGGUAGCUACAAACAGGCAAGGUUCGUUCCUUGGCAGCUGAAUCUGAGAGAGCUUAUCAAGGAGGUGCACUUGAACAUUCAUUCUAUAGAGAAGCUUAUCUAACUUCUGAGGAGGGAGGGAAUGCGGAUGUGAAUGACUUUCAAUUGCCAAACCAAUAUGCUAACAGGCUAGAUUGGUUUUCUGUGGAUCUUGAGGGGGAACAUUCUGCAAUGGAUGGUCGGAUACUUGAAGAGCACACUGAAUAUGUUGUAUAUGCUAUUCACAGGAUUUUGGAUCAAUAUAAAGAAUCGCAUGAUGCCCGGGAAAGAGAGGGUGCUGCAAUCACUGGUAGUUUGCCAAAAAGUGUUAUAUUGAUUGGUCACUCUAUGGGUGGUUUCGUUGCUAGAGCUGCUACGGUCCACCCCCAUCUAAGGAAAUCAACUGUUGAAACUAUUCUCACUCUUUCAAGUCCCCACCAAUCUCCUCCUGUGGCAUUGCAGCCGUCCCUGGGUCACUAUUAUGAAAGCAUAAAUCAAGAAUGGAGACAGGGUUAUGAUGUUCAAACCACUCAAACCGGAGAAUAUGUCUCAAGCCCAAAACUAUCUCAUGUAGUUAUUGUUUCCAUUUCUGGUGGUUAUAAUGAUUAUCAGGUACGCUCAAAAUUGGAAUCCCUGGAUGGCAUUGUUCCUCCCACUCACGGAUUUAUGAUAGGCAGUACAAGCAUGAAAAAUGUAUGGCUGUCGAUGGAACAUCAAGCUAUUUGUUGGUGCAAUCAACUAGUUGUGCAAGUGUCGCAUACUCUCCUUAGUUUGAUAGACUCCAGAAGAGGCCAGCCGCUUUCUGACACUCAAAAAAGACUUGCAAUAUUAUCAAAGAUGCUUCGUAGUGGAAUACAGCAAAGUUUCAAGUGGAGAUCACAGUUAUUCUGGUCAACUCGUGUCCCUUUUAAGGAUGUAAAAUACACUGCUGUUUCUCAGGAUCAUACCUUUUCUGACUGUCCUAGCAGUGUUCAUUGGAGUGAUGACGUCCCUGAGAGGGAUUUGUAUAUUCAGAAAAAAACUGUUAACAUUUUGGCUAUGGAUGGGAGAAGGCGGUGGUUGGACAUACUGGAACUGGGGUCAAACGGAAAAAGCCACUUUAUAUUUGUGACAAACCUUGCUCCUUGUUCUGGAGUCCGAGUUCAUCUUUGGCCCCAGAAAGGGAACUUACCUUCAGAUUUGCCUGCUGGUAAGAGCGUUCUGGAAGUGACAUCAAAGAUGGUGCAAAUUCCUGCAGGACAAGCACCAAGGCAGAUUGAGCCUGGCAGCCAGACUGAGCAAGCAUCUCCAUCUGCUCUACUUCAUUUGGGCCCUGAGGAAAUGCAUGGUUUCAGAUAUCUGACUAUCUCAGUUGCACCUCAUACGACUAUUUCAGGCAGUCCACCAACCACCUCCAUGGCAAUUGGGCAGUUCUUUAAUCCAGAUGAAGGAGAGAUAGAAUUCUCUCCUAUAUCGAUGCUUUCAUCAAGACAUUUUCAUGAGGAUAUCUUUUUUAAGGAAGAUCACCCCCUUGCUUUCAAUCUGUCAUUUGCAAUUAAUUUAGGCCUAUUGCCUGUUACUUUCUCUUUGAAAACUACAAGCUGUGGAAUUAAAGGUUCUGGGCUUCUUGAUGAAGGUGGAGAUAUGGACAAUACUAAGCUCUGCAAACAGCGUUGUUUCCCACCUGUAGCAUUUGCUUGGGAUCCUACAUCUGGUCUUCAUAUAUUUCCAAACUUGUACAGUGAGACUCUUGUGGUUGACUCCUCCCCAGCACUUUGGACUUCUACUGGGGCUGAGAAAACCGUUGUUCUCUUACUGCUUGACCCACAUUGUUCAUACAAGGCAAGCUUAGCUGUUUCUGUAACUAAAGCAGCUAGCAGAUACUUGCUUCUAUACUGUCCAAAGAUGUUUGCCUUCAAUGUUGCUGUUUUAUUCUUUGCUCUGAUGCGACAAGCACAUGAAAGGCCGAUUCCUUCUAUACUAAAAGCUGUGGAGACCAACCUAAGAAUACCAUUCCCAUUUUUGCCUUUAGCUGUUGUACCUAUUUUGUUUUGCUUGUUCUUUUCCUUCAUAACAUCUCAACCAUUUCCUCCAUUCUGUAGCUUCAUCAUUGUGUCAAUAACUUGUUACCUAUUAUCAAAUGGGUUUAUAAUUCUACUGAUAUUGGUAUCCGAGUUGGUCUUCUAUGUGGCUGCCUAUUUACAUGUUUCCAUGAAGAGGAGGUGGGAACUACGGAAAGGAAAUUUUUUCUUUUUGUUUCUUCAGUGGUUUAUGAAUCUUUCAUCCAGAUUCUUUUCAUUGAAGGUGGUAAGGAUUCUAAGAGCCAGACCUUUAUUCGUUCCAAUAUUCAUGGCAAUUAUUUUGUCUACAUUUGUACAUCCGGCACUUGGUCUAUUAAUUCUACUCUUCUCUCAUGCUUUAUGUUGUCAUAGCUUUCUGUGCAACUCUUUGACAGCCUCAUUACGCAGUAAUGUACGGAAAAAGGAAGUUGAUGACAGAAGUGAAGGCAAUUGUUCGUCUCAGCAAGUUACAUCCCAGCCUGGUUCCCCUUCAAAAGAAAACCGCCCCAGUUAUAGUCAAGCACAAGAAGAUAUCUUCCAUCAACGGCAUGGCUUACUGGUGCUGCACCUUGUUGCAGCACUAAUGUUUGGUCCAUCGUUGGUAUCUUGGUUGCAGAGAAUAGGAAUGCACAAGAGCUUUCCUAGGUUCCUGGAUUCGCUCCUAUGCAUCUGCAUGAUCCUACAUGGUAUCUUUAGUUCGGAGUCAUUGGUAAAUUCCUCAUUGCCCUUUCCACGAAUCCUGGGUCAGGAAAUGAGUCUGAGUUUCAUCUACCUAAUAGCUGGAAUAUAUUGCUAUCUCUCUGGUCUCAAUAUGGUGCCGUAUAAAGCAAUGUAUGCCAUGGGUGCUGUUAGUAUCAUUUCCUUCACGUCGACUGUCGUACAGGUUUGGACCGGAGCACCUCGUGACAGAGGAAAAUGGAAACCCCGCAGACAAUAGAAGGUAACUGCAUUUCAGCCUUGUCAUUGACAGUAGGUCAGAUUGGAUUGGAGUUUAUAGGCCCCAUUUUUUUGGCACAUGAGGUUAAAUGAGAACAUUUUGAUGGGAUAUUAGAAGGAAAAGGUAGAGCCCUUUUUACGCGGAUGUGCCAUUAUUGCUUGAAAAACCAUUUUGUUUUUGAGGAGAAUUUUGUCAUGUAAUUUUGAUUUCAUUUGGAUUGAAAAGGAUUGGUUAUUUGUAGAUUAGAGAAAUAUGUUUAUUUUGAAGCCAGCCCGUUUUAGACAAAUCAAAGUGAAAGUUGCAGUUUUGAAGA